GGCAGAAUAUAGAAGCUGGAAGUGAAUUUAAUAGCCAGUUAGCCUUCAAGCUAAAUAACGUGAGCUGACUGUGUGCUCAGUUAGACAUACAAUGACCUUAUUAUAUGUAGACAUUUAUUUGUUUAUUUGUUCAUUUUCUUUAUCACCUUUGUACUGCGCGUUUGUUAUAUAUAUAUAUUUUAGGUUUGUUUUUAAAAUCUUUGCAAAACAACAAUAAUAAUAAUAUGAGUAGACCAGCCACAAGUGGAGGUUGUUGCAGAAACAUUCAUAUUUUAAUAUAAACAGACAAAUACAAACCCUAGUAUUGGUGUGUCAUAUGUAUAUGUGUACAUCAGUGUGAUGUAAACAGUCUGGAUGUCACUUCUCUAAGUGUGUAAGUUCAUAGCUCUGUGCUGCUGAAAUAAAGCAUGUCUGCUGACCUGUUCUGAUCUUCUCGGGUUCUACAGGUUAAGGAGUAAUCGCGCGAUUUCCGUCAGCCACGAUGCCUCAUGAAAAAGGUCGUCUGUCUCCGGUGACUGACGCUGGCGCUGUCACCGUGGACCACAGAAAAGCUCUGACAAUCACAACGGCGGGGAAACUCGACAACCUUCAAGUAUGCGCUUUCAAAAGUGUAAAGGUUUCUAGGUUGAUUUGGAAAGCCGCGCUUAUCCGGAGCAAUUAACAAGCCAGGUAGCUGAGGGGCAAAAAGCGAAGCGUCGACGUUGUGGGAAAAAAUAAACAUCCCAGAGAGAAUAACGAGUAAAAAAAACAACAAAAAAAAAACCCUCUAUCCGUCGUGCUACACGUGAUAUGUUGUAUAGAUCGCAUGAUAGUCAAACAAUGAAUGCACUAGUCCAACCUUUACACUUUUUAAAGCGGACCCAAGAUCGGAACUCUUGAACCCAAGAGUUGAGACUCUGCAAGCAUUUGUUGUGAAACAUCACAGCCCGCCCGUUUCCUGUCAGCGUUAUACACACUGGUGUCACGAGAUAUGUCUGAUCCGAUACCGAUCCAGACUAGUAUCCGAUCAGUACAGUACGUUCCUGCUGACUGGCUUUAAACAUAAGCAACAAGAGUCACCUGUAAUAGCGCUUUAAUUAUCAUUCCCCUCAUCACACACAGAUGUAAUGUUAGGAACAAAACAUCUCCGAGAAGCAAUAAAAUAAAUUACGCAACUGGAAAUCCAUUGAAAAUCCACAAGAGAAAAGGACUCUUCGAUGAAUGUGUGGAUGCAGACGUGGCAAAAAGUGGAAGAAAGCACCCCAAGGUGAGGAAGAUCCACUGGACACAGCUGGCAGCUAACGGAGCAUCAUCGGUGUCAGCUCAUCGCCAUAACGGGAGACGAACAGACGAACACGACCGGAACAAUUCCGCAAUGUCUGAGAUCAAGAGCCGACAGGUGAAAGUGACCUUGAUGGACGUUUUCCAGACGGAAGAAGGGCAGAGAUACCUGAGUAACUGUGGGAGCGAUACCGAUGCAGAGAGACAGUCCUCGCGUAAACGAGGACCCAGGCAGAGGCGGAGUGAGAGAGGACCCUCGACGGUCAGGAGGAGAGCUAGAGCACUUCGCAAGGACCAAACCGAAACGACCGACACCGAGGAGAGCGAGAGGGACCUUUCCGAAAGAGUCCGGUGUACCGAACGAUUCGGCAGUUCACCGAAACAAUCCGACGAGGAAGAAUCCCGUUCCCCGGGCGAAGAACGUCAUAACCUGUCGCCUAAACACACCGACGCUGCAGAUAACGAGCUGUGUCCGGUCGAGGAAAGUGACUCUUCGAGGCCUACGAGCGUCAGUCCUGUUCAUUCUAAAGAAGCUGAUUCAGAACAGAUCUCCGAAAGCUUAAUCGCAGCCACACGCACUCCGUCACAAGCUAAGCAACCGAGUGGCUUCGACAGAACAGAAUACCGGGAUUCGGAGAGCGACGCAGUUCCCACUCAGCAAAAAACCAGCGCGAACGAAGCACGAGAAUGUGCAGGAGUUACGGGAGAAGAAGAGGGAGAGAUUGAACAGGAGAGAGAAGAGGAGGAGGCUCUACAACAGAACGGAGAAGUGUUAGACGAAGGGGGCGGAGCCAGAGGCAGCGUCUUACGCCUGUCCACAGGGGCAGCUGAGGGCCAGUUGGCUGAUGAAGAAGUCACACCCAGUUCCAGUCAAAUGCCAGGCUCUGCACAUAAACACGUCUGUGAUUUGCAGCCCGUGGAAGUCAGACAGGCCGCUAAACCACAAACAAUUGAACCCAUUGUUCUUUCCAGUGAGGAGGAGGAAGUGCAGGAGGAGGAGGAGGAGGAGGACGGUGGGACAUUGCACGUUCAAGCACUAGAGGGAGCCGUAGAUCCACGCAGGCCUCAGAAGCCGGUACAGGCCACGGAGAGGGAAAAGAUUCCAGACGUUUCCAGCUUCGGGGACUCUGUUUUAAGCGGUUGUUCGGUGAUGGAGCUUCAGUUCUCCGCCCUCUACAUGGGAAGCCUCAGCGCCUUGACUAACGGGCUUGUAAAGAUCACGGACGAUACGAUCACCAUCUCGUGCAAAGAGCCGUCAGGUGCCGGGGUAAAAACUUCCUUGGCGACAGAACAUGUGCGCAAGUACAGCGUGUGGGACGGGCUUUUAGUGCAGGACAGCCGUAUAGCUAAAGAACACGAAGUGCCGCCUCCAUCUGUGCUUUUGAUAUGGCUGGAUGAAGCUCAAGCACGACGCCUCUCCAGCGACUUGUCUGUCUUACUGCCAGGGACACGCCCAGCUGAGGGCAGCACAUGUGUUGUACUGUGUGUGUCUGAACCCUUGAACGGAGUACAGGGUGCGCUGCUCGCAUCUAUCAUGGACAUUGUAGGACUCCGACACGGAAACACCGAGCUUCUGACGCCACACACACACCCCGACAGUCUGAAGAUUCUGCAGAACAGCCCAGACUCACACAUGCUCCAACUGCUGCUUCCCGUUGCCUCGUGCGAGUCCGAGUCCGAGACCGCCCCGGCGCCGGCGCCAGCGCCAGCGAGCGCUACUGCAGCCUCGGCUAAGGACGCAGAUGCCCAGCCAGACUCCAGUGUCUACACGUUAUGUCAAAGCCGAGGUCAGAGUGCUUACAGAGUGUCCUUGGCACAUAAACCAGGAGCAGACUGGACUCAGUACCGUCACUGUGGUCCUGCACGCAGGUUGAUCCAGUUUCCUCCACCACCGUCUAAAGGAGCCAUAACCGUGACCACCGAGGACCUGGAGUGUUUAGAUAGCGGGGAGUUUCUCAAUGACGUCAUCAUCGACUUCUACCUCAAGUAUCUGUUGGUAAAGAAGGCUCCUCAUGCUUCAGUGACAAGAUCUCACGUUUUUAGCAGCUUCUUUUUCAAACAGCUCACACGGCGUGACCACGCUAAUGAAGACAGCACCAGCACACCAGCCCAGCUCAGGAGGCACCAGCGGGUCAGGACAUGGACACGUCACGUGGACAUAUUUGAAAAGGACUUCCUGUUUGUGCCCGUCAAUCAAGAAGCUCACUGGUACCUAGUAGUGGUGUGUUUCCCUGGGCUGGAUGAGCCUCAUUAUGUGGAGAGAGGAGACCAUGCCUCGGCGCACGUCGAGACCGAAAACGCCGACGAUACCACAGCUCAGAGCGAGUCUCAGCAUGGAGACGGGGACACAAAUUCAGGUGAAAAUUCUUCCAGGUCUGUUUCUGCUCUGGCUCCACCAACCUGCACAGAAAAUACCUGUAAACGACGGACGGUCUGUAAGAGACCCUGCAUUCUCAUCAUGGACUCUCUGAAGGUGUCUUUUCACGAGCGUGUCUUCAAGUUCCUGCGCGAGUAUCUGCAGGCAGAGUGGGAGGUAAAAAGAGGUGGACAUCGAGACUUUAGUGCCGAGCGGAUGGUGGGCUCACACUGCAGAGUCCCCCUGCAGGACAACAGUAGUGACUGCGGUCUUUAUUUACUGCAGUAUGCAGAAAGCUUUUUACAGGAUCCUGUAGUGCACUUUGACCUUCCACUGAAGCUAGAGUGUUGGUUUCCACGACAGAAAGUACGUGAGAAGCGAGAGGAGAUUCGAGAUCUUGUGUUGCACCUGUACCGAUUUCAGCAAGGCUCUCUGGGAAACGACAGCUCAGACGACGGGAAAGAAAUAGGAAAUAUAGUUUAAUAGCAUAAAGCAGUAAGGAGAAUAGACUUAUUUUUUCCUUAUUUUUAUUUAUCGUGUUUUAUUUCCAUUGUUCUUAGGUCUUUUAUGUCUUUUUAUGCUUUUGUACAUCUUAAUGCAAAAACUGUAAUAAAUUUUUCAUCAUGAUGUGA